GCGAGACCCUUUUGUUUGUUCAGGUUAUCCAGCACAGAGUUAAUGCACAUGCAUGCUGCGAUGCCGUUCCGUACGUACUUGCAUCCCCAGGUCUAGGCUGGAUCAUAUAAUAAUGGUUUCAACAAAUCCUUCCCUUCUUUUUGAACUUAAGCUGCGGUUCGACCAGGGUCGAUCCUGCACCACCCGCGCUGAUGUCUGUGUCCGCAAACUUUCUGUUACAUACCGCUAUCAUCAGCAGCCAGGUUCUUAUCCUGGCAUGUGGAUACGGUUUUGCUGGCGCAGUUCUCUAUUACGAUUACCUCUCUCCGCUUGAUCAAGUGGCCAGCUUAUGGGAGCAUCAUCCCCAGGAGUUGACGACAGUGAUCACACUAAUGGCAACUGUCCUUUCGGUCACUACAACUACUCUUUUCACGAUCUCAAUCAAGGAGGCAUUGAGAUAUCGGAUAACGCAGCCCAUCUCUCUCGUUCAGCUAGGCGCCGGUGUCGCUUUGGCCAAGGGCUCCAUCAUAUUGAGACAUGAACACUUGCGACUCACCACUAUGACGUUGUUCAUCUUUGGUGUGCUGAGACUUUUGACAGCUGGGUGGAUAACUCUCCUGACACCAACCUACUUCCUAUGGCCAAUUCAGAUGCAAGGAUCCGAACUUGACAUUACUGGUACCGCGUUUUCCAACUUGCUCUAUCAAGAAUUUCAAAAGGAGGGUGUCAAUGCCAUCCAGGACAAUUCUUUCGCGAUUCUCGACGUCGGCGGAACGCUAAGCGGAGUCUCUGCUGCAGGCUAUACCUUUGGUCUUCCGGGGAUAUUUAAUUUCAAUGGCGCGAAAUAUGACGUAUCCACUCAGGGGAUUGUCCCCACCAUCGAGAGCUAUUCCGGCUCGCAUGGAGUUCCGGGUCCCGAUGGCACUCGUCUUGGGUUUACUGGUGGAAAGGUCACAGUUGACACAGUAUCGCUGCCGGGAAAACAUAACAGCGUGUCUAUUCCUCAAGGAUUCAGUAGGAACUAUUCUAUGUGGCAGCAGGGGUUGACAGCCAAUGUCAGCUGUCAGCCCAUGAGCUCGAGUCAAACGCAGUAUGUUUGGGACACGAGUAACUCCUCCGUCAUCUAUUCCAACCCAGAUAAUUUGUACAACUCCAUCACCGGUCUUCGCCUGUGGAAUAUAACUGCAAACUGCGGUGCCAGUAUGCCCACGAUGCAGGAAUAUGUGACCGUGGUGAAUGCAAGCGGAUAUGCAGACCAGUCAGACAGUGGGUUUCUUCCUUGCCUCGUGUGCCCGGGGCCUUCGGAUCUGAAUCAAAGUUAUACAAGCCUCACGAUUCUUACACAAGGAUUUUACAAGUAUAGGUUCCUUGAGGCAAGCGUAUGCGAAGUGGUCCCAAUGCUGACCACGGUCCGCGCCGAUUAUUCUAAUGGCCUAAUUUCUUCCGAGGUCAUUUCAUCCACCCCUUUCCGAGCAGAGAAUGAACAGCUACUGUCAUUCUUAGCCGGAGCUAUCGCGUUUAAGUGUACCUACUCGCAGGGGCUCCUGAGCAGUACGAUCGGAGAUACUCUGUACUCCAUCUAUUCCUCAACAACUAACACAUCUAUCAAUGACAAUAUUGGAAAUCAGACGCAGGUGGAGGAGUAUUGGCGUGGCAUUGUCGAAUUUUCUGCCACGUUCCUUCGCUCCGGGUUUAUGGUUGUGGGUAGCUUCCCCGACGAUAUUGUCCCAAACAACCUUUCCUCCCUAGUCAAUGGGACCAUGUACAUAUCGACGAUAGGCUGGACUCGGCGGUCGGGGACAUAUUUUAUCUCUAUCCUUCCCUUCACCGUCAUCACCAUCCUCAUGUUUGCCUCCGCUUUGUAUAGUUUCUUGCAGGCUCGGAAAAGGAAUAGUGGCUUUAGGACCACCUUCGAUCCGUCAAACCCCCUUCACCUCAUUAUGGCAUCCGCCGAGGCGGGGAAGGCGUCCAACGUGGCACCCGCUGACGGGAGUCUGAGACUCCAAGGUUUUGAUGAUAUUGGGAUCACCGCUAACGAGCGCGUGAAGGUGCAGCUGCAGGACGAUGGUGUGGGGAAGAAGUUUGUGACAGUCAAUUGA